AUUCUCCCAGCAGCAGCCAAAACGAGGUCAUCCACCCGCUGCCACAGUCCACUUGCUUCGGUCUCCCAAGCCACAUGAACGACACGCCGUGACCUGCCCGUUUUCUGUUGCCUGCCCAGCGUCCAGAACCACAUUCAUUACGUUACUAAAACUUCUUCUUUCUACCUGUCCCCCCUUUUUUCCUCUCAAUACCUUACUUUACGCAAUCUUGCAGGAGCUCUGCUUGCUAAGCUUUUCCCAUCUUGAUCUGUGUGCGGAUAGCCCCCAGCAGAUCCGCCUCCCCCGAAACCCCCAAUCGAAGCUCAGACGGUCCCCCGUUUCCAUCCCCGAGAGAAACGCUUGGCCGGCUCUCCCGCGAUGCAUUUUCCUCGACUACCGCGGGCCGAAGGAGCCUUUGUGCUGGCACUGCUGUUGGCACCUCUGCCUGCGGCAGCGAUGCUCGAUUGCAAACACAUCCGAGUCGACGACGUCUCAUUCAACCUCGAGGCGCUAGGCGGACCGCACAGCGUCGUGACCAGCCAGUGGCAUCCACCCACGUUCACCAACACAUCUUAUACCGUUGAUAUCUGUGCUCCUCUGAAGCGCAAAGGAGACGUCAAGAAGGAGGAGCAAUGCCCUAGCUUUACAAGAGUAUGUGCCAUUGAACGCAACAUUCAUCCAGGCGACAAGAAGGACGAAGUCGAGAAAGUGAUACCUAUUGCCGGCGAGCUGGGCGACCACGGCGGAAGCAAACUGGACGCCACAGCAGAACGCCUCAAGUCGAGCGACUCCAACUCGGACGCGAAGAAGGAGGGCGUCCGCCUGAUCCUCAACGGAGGCUCGUACCCGCUGGGUAAGAACGGCAGGAACCAAAAGGCCAUUAUCGAGUUCCUCUGCGAUCGCGACAGGACGGGUCUCGAGGGAGAGGUCAAGCCCGAGGACCAGUACGACGGCAGCCAAUUCAGGGCGCGCGAGGAGGGCAAGGAGGGUGAAGAUGACGGACCUUCGCCCGACGAGAAGCAGAUUGUGAUGAAUGGGACGGCUUUGAUCUGGAACAGCUACGGUCCCAGCGAGAAGAACGACAUGGAUGUGCUGAGGUUGACGUGGCAUACCAAGUACGCGUGCGAGGACGCGUACGGUAAGCCGCCUGCGGAGGGUGGCAGUGGUGGUGGUGACACGAGCAGCCACUGGGGCUUCUUCACCUGGCUCUUUGUCUUGGCCUUCCUCGGUAUCGCCGCAUACCUCAUCUUCGGCUCGUGGCUGAACUACAACCGAUACGGCGCUAGGGGCUGGGAUCUUCUACCGCACGGAGACACCAUUCGCGAUAUCCCCUACUUGGUGAAGGAUUGGACUAGGAACGUGCUCAACACCGUGAACACCAGCGGUGGCCGAGGCGGAUACAGUGCCGUCUAGGUGUAAGACUGAGAUGAUGAUCCUCGUCCACAGCAUCCACUCAGAGAGAUGACAGGAAAAGAGAGAAAGGAAAGUGUACAUUCUAUAGUUGUAAACUGGAUUAGUGGCUACGGUUCUGGGUUUGCAUCAUUCUCGCGAGUCUAAGUCGCGACUUGGAGUUGGGACCCGUGUCUGGUCCUCCGGAGCUUUGUCGCAUUAGCUUGUUUGUUCUAAGCAAUACAUAUUUUAUUGAAAUGGA